UAAAGGAGCUCCAGUCAGCUUAAACAAUCAAGCUAAGCAGCCCUGAACUGACAUAUCUAUUGGCCAGAUGGGAUUUUUGUCAUGGCUCAAAAGACAAAAUUUUGUCCUGAGCUUUCAGAAGAGUUCCAGCAGAGAAUCUGUACCAGACAGAGAAGUUCACAAGAAAAAAAGGAGUCAUCAUCAUCAAGGUGUUUCCGAUAGCCUGGUGCUGGAUCUCUUUCCCAGGAUUGAGCAGAGUUUGGAUUUUACUUCUGUGGUCCAAGCCCCUAGCAAGGCAGUUCUGCAGAAAUACCUUGAAAAAGGAGAAUACCCUUCAUUUCAGUCUGUUGCCAUGUUUGAAAGCAGCUUUGUCCAGGUCACAAGAAAAGGCAGACAUGUCUUCAUCCACAACUCUUCCAAUGAAGCCAUAAUAGGAAUUGCCUCCACCAACAGCAAGUUGGCACUGCCCAAUCUGUUGUUUAUUGCUCGUCCUGUUGCAGAACAGGUCUCCUCGCCAGGCUCGCAAGCAGAGGAACUGACACUCACCAGACUCCUCCCUUUGAAGUUUGUGCGGAUCUCCAUCUACAAUCCCAAGAAGCAACUCAUCAAAAUCCAGCUGAUCAAUGGACGCUGUUAUUACCUACAGUUUCAGGCAUCUACUAAGGAAGAGGAAGCUCUGUUUGAACGCUGGUUAUCACUAGUCUAUCUUCUUCACCAUCCUCCACCUUGCUACCUGACACCUCAACCCACCUCCUGCACAGUGACUGACAGCCUAAGCAUUCAAAUCAUCCCAAGUGAGGAGGAAAUUGAAGGGCUCCAGAAAGAAUGCCAAAAAGGAUUGCAAGAAGGAUUCCCAAAGGGAUUUGAAGAAAGGUUCCCAGAAGAAUUGCAAGAAGGAUUCCCAAAGGGAUUUGAAGAAAGGUUCCCAGAAGAAUUGCAAGAAGGGUUCCCAGAAGGAUUGCAAAAAGGAUUCCCAAAGGUAUUGCAAGAAGAAUUGCAAGAAGGCUUCCCAGAAGGAUUGCAAAAAGGAUUCCCAAAGGUAUUGCAAGAAGAAUUCCCAAAAAUAUUCCAAGAAGGAUUCCAGGAAGGAUUCCAAGAAGGAGUCUCAAAAGGAUUCCAAGAAGAAGUCUCAAAAGGAUUCCAAAAAGGAUUCCAGGAAGAAUUCCACAAAGAUUCUGCACUUUCAAAGGUGCAAGAGCAAAAACAGAAGGAACCAGAGCAAAAAUCAGUAGUGCACUUGUCAGGGACCACAAAAAUAUCUCAUCAGAGCUUGGCUUUCCCUGAUGAAGAAUAUACUGAGGAUGAGCGGCAAAGACUUCAGGAUAAACCUAAAAUGACCUAUACUGAAAGGAAGAAUUUUCUGAAAUCAGAGAGCUUUGAGAUCUAUAAAGCUGAAACUCCAAACCCUUCCAGGAAAUUCACCACAAGCAGUUUUGUAACAGACAGUUUUUCCACAACUUCAAGUUCAUCUUCACAGCCACCAUUACCACGAAAAUUCCCAGUACCCAAAAAAGAGGGAAGCAGCAGUCUUAAUAUAGUCACACUUUUUUCUGUUGUCUCCAAAACAAUUGAUGGGGAAAAAAAUCCAAAGAACAAAAACUAAAGACCGUUGAAAGAAACUCAAUCUCUGCAGAGGAAGCAAAGGAGAACAUGAGCACUCCAACAAAAAAGGAUCCAUUAAAGAGGGAAAGACAGAAUAAUUGCCUAAUGACUUUUGACUGAUGGAUGCUUCAAAUAGUUCUAAUCUUAAAAUGUAAAUGAAGAUUGCAGAGUUAAUUGGAUGAUGCUGUCCUAGGUGCUAUAAAAAUUGUAGAUGUCAUUUAAUCCAAUAAAAGCAGAAAUUUCAUCCUU